UUCUUUUUUCUUUUUAGAUGGAGUCUUGCUCUGACUCUCAGGCUAGAGUUCAGUGACACAAUCUCGGCUCACUGUAACCUCCGCCUCCCAAGUUGAAGCAAUUCUCCUGCCUCAGCCUCCCAAGUAGCCACCACAGGAUUACAGGCACCUGCCACCACACCCGGCUAAUUUUUGUAUUUUUAGUAGAGGCGGGGGUUUCACCAUCUUGGCCAGGCUGGUCUUGAACUCUUGACCUCGUGAUACACCCACCUCUGCCUCUCAAAGUGCUGGGAUUAGAGGUAUGAGCCACCGCACCCCGCCUUUUUUUGUUGUACUUUUAGUAGAGAUGGGAUUUUGCCGUGUUAGCCAGGCUGGUCUUGAACUUCUGAACUCAAGUGAUCUGCCCACCUCAGCCUCCUAAAGUACUGAGAUUACAGACAUGAGCCACCGCGCCCAGCCUAAAUAUUUUUGUAGAAGCAAUCUUGCUAUAUUGCCCAGGCUGAUCUCAAACUCCUGGUUUCCAGUAAUUCGCCCACCUUGGCAUCCCGAAGUUCUGGGAUUACAGGUGUGAGCUACCACACUUAGCCUCCUUAAGUUUUUUCCCUCCCUCCCUCCCUCCCUUCCUUCCUUCCUUCUUUUUAUUUUUUCCUUCUUUUUCUCUCUCUCUCUUCCUUUCCCUCCUUCCUUCCUCUCUCUCUUCCUCCCUUCUUCCCUUUUUUUCUUUCUUUCUUCCUUUUUCUCCCCUCCCUUUCCCUUUUCCUUUACCCUUUCCUUUUCUUUCCCUCUUUCUCUCUCUCUCUUCCUCCCUCCCUUCCCUUCUCUUCCCUUCCUUUCCCUUCCUUCCCUCCUUCCCUCCUUCCCUCCUUCCUUCCUUCUUCUUCCUUUCUUUUUUUUUUUUUUUUUUGGAACACGGUCUCAUUCUAUUACCUAGGCUGGAGUACAGUUGUGAAAUCAUGGCACACUGCAGCCUCCACCUCCUGGGCUCAAGCAAUCCUGCCUCAUCCUCCUGGGUGGCUGGGACUGGAGACACACACCAUCACUCCUGGCUAUUUAAAAAAAAAUUUUUUUUUUAACUUAAAAAUAGUGAGUCGGGGGUCCCACUGUGUUGCCUAAGCUGGUCUUAAACUCCUGGCCUCAAGUGAUCCUGCUUCAGCCUCCCCAAAACACUGGGAUUGCAGCCAUGAGCCACCAUGCCCAGCCCCCUUUAGCUUUCCUGAAUUUCAGAUUCCUAUUUUAGGAAGUGGCACUAACAGUAAUAUCUUCCUUGAAGGGCUGCUGUGAAGGGACUGCAUGACAGGAUGCAGGGACAGUCCCUGUUAGUUUGUUACAUGUUAGUUUCUUUUCCCUGGAUCUGAGCGAAGGAGCUCCAGGGUGGAAGAGAUGGACUCUCCGGGACCUUGAGGGUUAGGGUUAGGGCCAGGCAGCCUCACAGUGGUCUAGAACUCACCCUCACUGUAGGUUCUCACCUACUUCAACUCCUCUCCCUGUCCCAGGGAGAGGAGGAAAGGUCUGGGAUGUGUCACCGGGAGGGACUGUCCCCCAGUAUUUCCUACGUCUUUCUUUACUGCUGUACUUGAAGCUCCCAGGGGACCCCUCGAGGGGCAGUCACUGGCCGGAAGCCCACCCCGUCCUCCACCCACCACCCCCACCGUACCAAAUGCUGGCUUUGCCCCCUCAUCUGUGUUUGUCCUGUCGAGAAAGAUGGUUGUGGUCAUGAGGUUCUUCUGAUGGGUUAGACGGGCUUGGCAAAGGAUUACUAGCUGGAUUUUCUUCUGGAGACAGAAAAUAAACUCUCAAAAGCACUCAUUGAAAAAGGUGAAGACUCUCCAGGUGUCUGAGACUUUGAGGUUGGUCGAGCCCCUCAAAGAGGCUAAGCUCGAGUUGGGUGAGUCCCCUGAGCUGCCAGAUGCCUGCGUUUUGGCCAAGACCAGGGAGGGGACCAAGGUGGAGCUGGGCCGACAGGGCCGAUCCCUGUUUCAGCAGCCCAGGACGGCUGUCAAGUCUGUCUCCACGCUCAUGGUUCCCGCCCUGCAGAGCGGCUGGCAGAUGUGCAGCUGGAAGUCAUCGGUGAGUUCUGCCUCAGUUAGCUCCCAAAUGAGGACUCAGCCACCUGUGAAGACACCAGAGGCUGAGAUGCUGUGCAAGGUGCACCUGGUGCUGUGGGCCUUUCGGAAACAGCUUCAGCACCACGUCCGAUGCCAUGCUACCCCGCAACACAAGCCGGUUCAGUCCCUGAAACUGGAUGCCCGAAGUCCCCUCUAGGGGGGAUCCCCAGACCCUCAGAGAGUCCCGAUCUCACUCUUACGUCAGGUUGAUGGGAGGGGUCAGGGCAGCAGGCCAGAAGUUGUGGGUGAGGAGAUCCUUUAUGGAGUCACCUCUCAUCGGGAGCCCAAGGCCAGGCCUGGGGUCGCAUAUGAGCCCCUUCAUUCCAUCUAUUCCAUUUGUAAAAAAAAAAAAAUCAAAAUAUUGGGAAAUAAAUAUCAGAUAGUUCUGAGUCA